UAAUUCUCGGUCUGAAGCUGAUUUUCAAACCGUUUGCAAAGCGCGGCUCCAUUGUUCGCCGGGAGCGCAGGCCCCGCCCCAUGCUUUGUGCGCGGCGCGCGGAUUGGCCGGCGCGCGCGGGGGCAGCGUCAGCGCCCGCGAGCCCAUUCAUCUGUGCACUUGGGCGUUGGACCCCGCAUCUUAUUAGCAACCAGGGAGAUUUCUCCAUUUUCCUCUUGUCUACAGUGCGGCUACAAAUCUGGGAUUUUUUUAUUACUUCUUUUUUUUUUUUUAACUACACUUGGGCUCCUUUUUUGUGCUCGACUUUUCCACCCUUUUUCCCUCCCUCCUGUGCUGCUGUUUUUUGAUCUCUUCGACAAAAUUUUUUUAUCCGGAGAGUAUUUAAUCGGUUCUGUUCUGUCCUCUUCACCACCCCACCCCCUCCCUCCGGUGUGUGUGCCGCUGCUGCUGUUGCCGCUGCUGCUGCUCGCCCCGUCGUUACGCCAACCCGAGGCUCUUUGUUUCCCCUCUUGGAUCUGUUGAGUUUCUUUGUUGAAGAAGCCAGCAUGGGUGCCCAGUUCUCCAAGACCGCAGCGAAGGGAGAAGCCGCCGCGGAGAGGCCUGGGGAGGCGGCUGUGGCCUCGUCGCCUUCCAAAGCGAAUGGGCAGGAGAACGGCCACGUGAAAGUAAACGGCGACGCUUCGCCUGCUGCCGCCGAGCCGGGUGCCAAGGAGGAGCUGCAGGCCAACGGCAGCGCCCCGGCCGCCGACAAGGAGGAGCCCGCGGCCGCGGGGAGCGGGGCGGCGUCGCCCACCGCCACCGAGAAAGAUGAGCCGGCCGCCGCCGCCCCCGAGGCAGGGGCCGGCGCCGCGGAGAAGGAGGCCCCGGCGGAGGGAGAGGCCGCCGAGCCCGGGUCGCCCUCGGCCGCGGAGGGGGAGGCCGCGUCGGCCGCCUCCUCGACGUCUUCGCCCAAGGCCGAGGAUGGGGCCACGCCCUCGCCCAGCAACGAGACCCCGAAAAAAAAAAAGAAGCGCUUUUCCUUCAAGAAGUCUUUCAAGCUGAGUGGCUUCUCCUUCAAGAAGAACAAGAAGGAGGCCGGGGAAGGCGGUGAGGCGGAGGGCGCAGCUGGCGCCUCCGCCGAGGGCGGCAAGGACGAGGCCGCCGGGGGCGCCGCAGCGGCCGCCGACGCGGGCGCGGCCCCCGGGGAGCAGGUGGCCGCCGCGGGCGAGGAGGCCGGGGCCGCGGGCGAGGAGGGCGCCGCGGGAGGCGACCCGCAGGAGGCCAAGCCCGAGGAGGUCGCCGUCGCGCCCGAGAAGCCGGCCUCCGGCGAGGAGAGCAAGGCCGCGGAGGAGCCCACCAAGGCGGAGGAGGAGGCCGGGCCCGGCGCCGCCGCCUGCGAGGCCCCCUCGGCCGCCGGGCCCGACGCUGCCCCGGAGCAGGAGGCGGCCCCCGCGGAGGAGCCGGCGGCCGCGUCGUCAGCCUGCGCAGCGCCCUCGCAGGAGGCGCAGGCCGAGUGCAGUCCGGAGGCCCCCCCGGCGGAGGCGGCAGAGUAAGGAGCCAGAUGUUUUGAGAUAAUCGAAGAACUUUUCUCCCCCGUUUGUUUGUUGGAGUGGUGCCAGGUACUGGUUUUGGAGAACUUGUCUACAACCAGGGAUUGAUUUUAAAGAUGUCUUUUUUUAUUUUACUUUUUUGUUAAGCAGCAAAUUUUGGUUUUUCUCCCCACCUCCUCCCCACAGAUUCCCAUCUCAGAUCAUUCUGUUACCACCAUUCCAACAGGUCGAGGACAGCUUAAACACCUUCCUCUGCCUUGUUUCUCUUUUAUUUUUUAUUUUUUGCAUCAGUAUUAAUGUUUUUGCAUACUUUGCAUCUUUAUUCAAAAAUGUAAACUUUCUUUGUCAAUCUAUGGACAUGCCCAUAUAUGAAGGAGAUGGGUGGGUCAAAAAGGGAUAUCAAAUGAAGUGAUAGGGACCACAAGUGGUGCAUAACAUUGCCAAGAGAAUGUGCCACUAGAAAUGAUGGUGUAAAGGCUUAGUCUUUUUUUUUUUUUAAAGAAAAGUUAUUACGAUGUAUUUUGUGAGGCAGGUUUACAACACUACAAGUCUUGAUUAAGAAGAAAAGAGAAAAAGAAAAAAACACCAAUACCCAGAUUUUAAAAAAAGAUCAUAGUCUUAGGAGUUCAUUUAAACCAUAGGAAUUUUUCACUUAUCUCAUGUUAGCUAUACCAGUCAGUGAUUAAGUAGAACUACAAGUUGUAUAGGCUUUAUUGUUUAUUGCUGGUUUAUGACCUUAAUAAAGUGUAAUUAUGUAUUACCAGCAGGGUGUUUUUAACUGUGACUAUUGUAUAAAAACAAAUCUUGAUAUCCAGAAGCACAUAAAGUUUGCAACUUUCCACCCUGCCCAUUUUUGUAAAACUGCAGUCAUCUUGGACCUUUUAAACACAAAUUUUAAACUCAACCAAGCUGUGAUAAGUGGAAUGGUUACUGUUUAUACUGUGGUAUGUUUUUGAUUACAGCAGACAAUGCUUUCUUUUCCAGUCGUCUUUGAGAAUAAAGAAAAAAAAAUCUUCAGAUGCAAUGGUUUUGUGUAGCAUCUUGUCUAUCAUGUUUUGUAAAUACUGGAGAAGCUUUGACCAAUUUGACUUAGAGAUGGAAUGUAACUUUGCUUACAAAAAUUGCUAUUAAACUCCUGCUUAAGGUGUUCUAAUUUUCUGUGAGCACACUAAAAGCGAAAAAUAAAUGUGAAUAAAAUGUA